AUGGCUACGACCGAGAUGACCGUCGGCUACGGCAUCACAGCAGAAUCGUCGGUGGCAGCGCAAUGGUCUGACCUCCCGGAUGAUCUCCUCGGCCUGGUCCGCUCCAUGGUUCCAUCCCUACGCGACCGCGUGCGCAUCGCCGCGGUCUGCAAGCCAUGGCGCGGCGCUGCGUCGCGGCUCCCGGCACCGCCCGCCGUCCCGCUGCUGCUCCUAGCCCCGCGCACCGACGGCAAGACGAAGCACCUGUGCGGCCCCGACGAGAGCUGGGUCCUGCGCGUCCCGGACAAUGUGGUCAAGAUGUGCUUCGCCGGCUCCCACAGCGACGGCUGGAUCGCCGCGUUCCACAACUUCCGACUCUUGAUGGUGAACCUCUUCUCCGGCUCCGAGGUGGUGGCACCCACAUUGAGGCCGAACAGUUUAUACCAAAACCCCAUCACAAAGAUCAUCUUCUCUCGAGCCCCCACCUCUAAUAAGUGCAUGCUUGCUACCAUGACGAACAAUCACCACGACGUCGCGCUAUGCAAUCUUGGUCGUCGAAGUGCUGGGUGGACUACACAAGGCUGGAACAAGAAGAUUUUCACCGACAUCGCCUUCUGCGGCGGCGACCUCUACGGCCUCGUGCACCGUACUCAGGAAGUGAUCAAGUUUACAAUUGGCGUGGGCGCGCCGGUGAUCACAUCCGCCCACCUGCUACCCAUCCAAACUCGCGACGGCCCGGCAUUAUCGACUUACGAUUCGACCUUCAUCCUCGAGCUACAUGGCAAGCUGCUGAUGGCGGUAAGGACACGGUGGCUUCCCAACCGCGAGGAGGAUUUCAUUAAGGUUUUCAUGCUCGUCGACGCCGACAUGGGCGAGCCCUACAAGCACAGGUGGGAGGAGGUGUCCGACUUUGGUGACUACGCCUUGUUCCUAGGGCCCAUGAGUUCCAUGGCGGUGCACGUGCCGGCGGGUGCUGAGCGCCACGGUUUGGAGAGAAACCGCAUCUACUACUCUAACCCUACAUACUCUAGGGAAAAGAAGUUGCCUGGUGAUGAAGUGUACUCGGUGACAUCGGAUGAUGGUGUCCAUAUGUAUUGUCGGGAAGAGCCGGACUUCGGUGAUGGCGUGAAGAGAACAAGAUACUGCAUACCAGGUUGGGAUGAUUUCACUAUGUGGGUGCACCCUCCAGAACUCUCUAGCCCAAGUAUUGCUAGAACAAUCCUGCAAAAGGCACUAGAGGAUGUGGCCACCGCGCGUUUCCGCUCUUUCUUCCCGCGGCUCCUGGCAUGUUCCCGCGCUUUCUUCCUGCCUCUUUUCGGGUUGCCGACGCCUAUAAAAGGCCUCCUCCGCUCAAUGUACGCCACCACAGCCGCCGACAUCCCUUUCUCCGCCGCAAACACAUGA